AAACAUUUAUGUCUCUUCAAUCUUCCUUAAAAGAGCAACAAUCGAUGUUCUCUGUGAAUGUACCCAACAAGAAAUAUACUGAUUAAAACCCGACAUGCCAAUCCCAAAAAACUCUACUCUGGGAAUUUAGGAAUUGAUCAAACGAAUUUGCGUUAGUUUUUGUUUUGUUUGAGACAAGGUAAACCUGUAGUCUCCUUUACAAUAGAACAGUCAAAUAUAAUCACUUCAGGAUAUGGAGACACUACGAUUCAUGAAUAUUUUUGUUUUAACAACGGCGUAUCUACCACCCACCACAAUCACAGAUCAAGAAAGUUGUUUUUCUCCGGCACCGGAUACAAGUGGUGGGUCCCAACCCACCGUGUCCAGGACGUUGCUUUUAUUUUCACUAUUCAUAUUUUGCAACUAUGUCGAUAUGAGCUUAUUUGCCAACACUGAUCCUGACGCAUUGGAAAUUUCCUCUGACGUUGAUUCUGAGCAAAACUUGUUUGCAAAUGUUAUUAGCAAUGAUCCCUCUAUUUUUUUAGAAUUUGUUCCCCACGAACUUGACUCACACAACCAAAUACCACUUGGUAUCUGCCCUUUGACUUCUUCUGAAUUGCAAGAGAUUGAAUCACUGGCAAAUGAAAGCAGAGAAGAAGGAACUACUUCGUCGCGCCCAGAUUUAGUAGAGGAAGAUGAUCAUGCACUAGUGGAUAUGAAGAAUGGUUUAGAAGAGAUUGAACAUGCUGGAAAUAUUUAUGCAGAUGAAGAAAGAGUGAACAUUGAAGUAAUUGAUUCGGAUACUUUGAGUUCAUCCGAUUCAGGAGAAAUUGAACACAAUAAUCGUCCAGACAACAGAGGAGCUGAAACUACAGUAGACCGCAAUUGUUCACGGGGAGCCAUGAGGACAGAAAGAGAGUGCGGAAUUACUCUUACGGAUUUACAACGACAUUAUGGAAAGAAGGUUGAGGAUGCUGCAAAAAGUUUAGGGGUGAGUCGAAGUACAUUUAAGCGAAUAUGUAGAGCCAAUGGCAUAGACAGGUGGCCACGUAAACGACCUGCAACUUCAAGUACUCAAAGUAUGGCUACAAUGUUUGAUCAGAGGGACAAGAGCAUGAGCAUAAAAGCAUCUUACAAUAAUGUGAAUGUUAAAUUCCCGCUGAGUCUCUCAUCGGGGAAAAAGGAUUUGGAAGUCGAAGUUGAGAAGAGAUUUCGGAUACAAACUGGAAGUUAUUGGAUCAAAUAUGAAGAUGAAGACAAAGACUGGAUUCGAAUAACUUGUGAUAAGGAUUUACAUCAUGGAAUGCACACUCGUCUAGAAAGGGGGAUAACAACAAUGAAGAUGCUGGUUAAUUGUGACCUUGGCUGAUAAGGUUACCCCCAGUAG